AUGGGCAACGCCGCCGCCGUCGCUGUUCCGAUCGUCGUCGCCGUCGUCCUGAUCUACGUCGUCAUGACGCGCAGCGUCAAGAUCGUCAAGGAGAAGGAAACGAUGGUCAUUGAGCGCCUCGGGCGCGUGCACAUGGUGCUCUCACCCGGCUUCCACCUCAUCCUUCCGUUCAUCGACCGGCCUCGCACCCACGACCAAAAGUACAUUGUCGAGGUCAGCGGGCGCUUGACGCUUGUCGACAAGGAGGGCUAUGAGACGAUUUCAACGCAAAACGAGGUGCUGGAUUUUGCCAAGCAGCCCGUCAUUACGCGCGACAACGCCGCCAUCUUCCUCGACGCCGUCCUCCAAUACUCGAUCACGAGCCCGCGCACGUACAUUUAUACGGUCAAGAACCUCCCGCACCUCCUCAGCGUCCUUCUGCAAGCGCAAAUCCGCAACGUGGCUGGGUCGCUCGACGUCGACCAGAUCAUUGAAGACACGGCGCAGAUGGACCGCGUCUCGAGCCUCAUGGACGCGGCGGCGGUCCAGUAUGGCGUCAAGAUCUCGAUGGUCAAGAUCCAACGCGUCGACGCGGGUCGACUCAGCCAAGAAAUCUUCAUCCAAGCCAAAGCGCUCAAGCAAACGACCGUCAUCAACGCCGAGGGGAACCGCGACCGGAUGAUCAAAGAGGCCGAAGGCGAGGCGCAGCAGACCUUGUCGCGCGCGCGCGGUGAAGCCCAAGCCAUUGUCAACGCGGCCAACGCCGAAGCCCGCAGUAUCAAGGAGAUUUCCAAAGUCGUCACGCGCAAUGGCGAAGACCCGCUGCGGUACCUCUUGGCACUUAAAUACAUUGAGGUCAUGCGGCAAAUCCUGUCCCUCAAACACACAGAGGUUCAACUCAUGCCCUUUGAAACCACGUUCUUGCAGACCAUCAAGGGCUUUGGUCUCAACACUGUCGCCCCUUCACAUACGUAG